AUGUCAAAUGAUUUUGAGAUCAAGCGUUCUGGACUUUCAGUUUCAACUUCAUCCUUUGAUGCAUUUUGUGAGGAAUUAAAAAGAAAUAAUAGUAAAAUAGAAGGUCAUCCAUUAAGAGGAUGGAUGAAAAAAAAGAGUCCAGCAAUCUUAAAAGGAUGGCAAAAGAGAUAUUUUAUGUUGAUUGAAAAUCCUUAAGAUAAAAGUUGGAAAUUAGUGUAUUUUGAUAAUGAUGUAAAAAAACAUAUUGUGAAUGUAGAAAACUGAUACAAGACCCAAUGGAGCUUUUGAUGUUUCAACUAUUACAUCAAUUCAAUAAGUAUCUAAAAAAGAAUUUACCAUUCAUUUCCCUGGAAGGAAACUAGAAUUGAAAGUUAAACCACAAGAAGUUUAUUAAUAGUGGAUAAAUACUUUGAAUGAACUUCGAUUAGCUACUAAUGUAGAAAGAACUAAAAGAUAAUUGAGUGCUGAAUAAGUUGUUAAAUUAUCAAAUGACAGUCCAACCAAAGGUAUAAAUAAGUAUUAUUAAUUUAGUGUCUUCAAAUCAUAAGAUAGUUGAUAAUCUUACUGUAUAGUAAGCAUAAGUGUAAAAGGAGAAACAACGUAAUUCAAUAUUAAUUGAACCAAUAAAAGAAAUUAAGAAAAAGAAGGAAAAGGAAAAUCUAAGUCAAUUAUCAAAUGAAAAGAUGAUUGAGUUAGUCGGAUUGAAAGAAUUUAUAAAGAAUAUGAAUGAAUAAUUCAUAUAUUAAAGAAUGAUUUAUGGAUAUUUAGGUAAGAGAAGUAAAGGAAAAGUCAAAUAUUUUUAGAAAAGAUGGUUCAUUUUGGUAUCUGCUAAACCUUUGGUAUAUUUUGUUAUUAUUGUUCUAGUAUUCUGAAUACAAUGAUGAAAAAAUCUUGACAGAAGCAUAAUUACCUCCUUGGUUGGAAUUGGAUACAAUUACUUAUUUUAAAGAGAAAGAAGAAGGCAAACCUCCAAAAGCUAAAGGUGAUGUGCGUAUGAUUGAUUGUUAAGAAAUUAUAAUGAAAGAUAUGUCAAAAUCUAAGGAGAGUGGAUUUACAUUCAAAUUGAAUAUGGGAGAUAGAUUAUAUCAUUUAAUGGCUGAUACAGAAUAAGAACGUAAGAAAUGGCAAUAGGCUUUAAAUUUAUCUAUUAGAACUACUAAGGAAAUUCAUAAUCCUUUAAAAAUAAAAAUAAAAAAAAAUAUAGAUCCUAUUAUAUAAUUAUAUGAUGAAGAACCUUAAUUGAUUACAAGAAGAGAGAAAAUGAAAAUAAAAUUAGAAAAAGAUCUUUCUUAAAUUUUGAUUUAGGAUGAUUAAAAUAUAACAAUAUUAGUAAAGUAACUAAGUGAAUUGAGAUAAGAUAUGUUAGAAUCUAUGUAAGCAUGUAUUGUGAAAGAUCCAUAAAGAAAAGAUAUCAUAAAAGAAUAUACAGAUAUAUAUCAUGAGAAGAUUUGUGAGAGAAUCUCAGCAUUCUGGGAUUUAAAUUAUAAAUAAAUGCAAGUAUUUUACACUAAAAUGAAUUUUAGUCACCUGAAUUAUUAAUUUUAGCAUAAUGGUUAAAUGAUUAUUUAAAUUAGAUGAAAGAUUUCUUUAAUGAUGAUAGAAUAAUUUUUGGAAUUAGAGUUCUAAUUAAUAUAUAUGUAAAUAGAUCCCUUGAAAAUUUAGAAUCUGUAAUAAAUUCUAUUAUAGAACAAGAGAAAACAUAAGAACCUAUUUUUAAUGAUUAAUAAUUAUUGAUUACAUAAACACCAAUAGAUUUAUUCAAAAUAAUUAAUGAAUCAUUUGAUAUGGCAUAUAAAUUAUGUCCUUGUAAAGAAACUAGUUUGAAAUUAGGUGGAUUUGGUAAAACAAUUUUAUAAUAAUAUUAAUAUGGAAUAUAAGAGAUGAUAGAUGAAAUAUAAUUAUCAACACCUAAAUUAAUAGCUAUUUGUAAUAAUACAUUAGCAUUACAUGAUAAUACUAAGAAUUAUACUAAAGUACUUUAAUAAGUUGGUAAUUUGAAUGAAGAAGAAACUGAAAAAGUAUUUGAUGGUCAAAAAAUAACAAAAAAUUUUGUAUAAAUAGCUAACAGUUGUAGAGAUAAGAUAUUUUUCUUUUAUUUCAAUCGUGUUGGUUAAUAUUUUAAAAAAUCAUUUCUCGAACUAUAAAUUAUUGAUAUUCUCAAAAGUAUCAUUGAACCAGCAACUGAAACACUAUCUUAAUUACAUGAUAGUUUUAGUAGAAAAUUAUGGAAAUAAUUAUUAGAUUCAAUUGUUCUUUAUUAUUUUAAUUAAUUCAUUAUAUCUUGUGGAAAAGCUAAAAAAGAAAAUCAAAAAGAUUUUAAUAAUAAAUUAGAAAAUGAUAAAGAUAUUUUAGUUUAAGAAUUAGAAACAUUCAUUUUUGAAAAAUAAUUACUUGCUUCAUUAAAACCAUUUGAUGAUAUGAUUAAUUUUAUUAAUGAGGAUUCUCUCAGUAUUUUAGAUCCAUGUAAAAAUCUAAGAAUGUAUUUUGGAAUCCCAUUUUCAGAAAAAACAAUUAAAACUAUUAUGUGUAUUAGAUUUGAUUUGGAUAAAGAAAAAAAGAAAGAAACAAUAGAAAUCUGUAAAAAUUUAAUUGAUGACAUUAAUAAAAAUGAACCUGUUGAACAUCAAAAUAGAAUUAUGGAUGUACUAGGUUAAGAGGAAGAAGAAAAUACAGAACAAACUUUAAAUCAAUAAUUAUAAUAGAUUUAAUAAUAAGAAAAUAGAAGAGCAGAUAUAUUUCUUGAUUUUCGUAAUGAUGAUUAAUUAUAAGUAAUAUAUAUAUAAAUUAGAUACCUCUAUAAUAAGAAUAAAGAAAUUCAAUAGAAAAAAAGGAAUUUAUUGAUGAAGGUUAUUUAAAUAAGAAAAAACCUAAAUAAAAAGGAUGGGAUUAUAGAUAUGUUAGAAUAAGAAAAGGAUUUAUGUAUUGGUAUAUUAAUGCCAAUUCUAGAGAAGCUUAGAAUAAAAUUAAUUUAUAAAGUGUAGAUGAAGUUAUUCCUAAUAUAAAAAAACCAGCUAAUUUCAAAAUUUAAUUAGAAGAUUCAAAAAUUUAUAAAUUUAAAACUUAGAGUAAAGAAGAAUGUGAAUUAUGGAUUAAAACAAUAUUGAAAGAAUAAAAUUAAUUAGAUUCAACUGUAAUCACAAUAGAAGCAAUAGUAAAAUUAUUUAAUAUUUAGAAAAUUGGUAAUGGCAAAAAGGCAAUUAUAUAAGAUUAUGAUGAAAUAGCUAGAAAAGAAAGAUAAUUAUAAAAACAAGAAGAACGAAAGAGAAAGAGAAUUGAAAGAGAAAAUGAGUAAUAAUCUUUAUUAAUUAUAAUAGAAUUAAAAGAAAAUAACAAGAACAAAAAAUGUUGUAAUAAUAAUAGUUAAAGGAAUUGGGAGAUAAAACUAAACCUCAUUAAGUAGAAGUAUUUGAAUAAUAGAGUGAACCAGUAAACAUAUAUUAAUAUUAUUAGAAUUACAGUUAGAAGUAAUCAACUUCUUGCUGGACUCAAUUUUUGAUAGCAUUAGGAAUAGAGAGACCUAAAUGA